AGAGGCAGAGAGACAGACAGACAGUCAGACAGACAGACAGAUAGAGAGAGAGACAGACAGGCAGACAGACAGACAGUCAGACAGACAGGCAGACAGGCAGACAGACAUGAUAUCUGAGCUCUGAUUGGUGGGAUUAAACCAGCAGGAUUAAUAUCAGAGCCUCAGCGCAGAGACAGACAGAUGCAGGUGGACAGAAAGCUGAAGACAAGCUGGCAGACAGACAGGUGGAUACGGAGUGCGGACGACCGGAUUCAGACAGACACACACCUUUAAGCAGGUAUGUAAUAAAGUGUUUGGUUUGUGUGGAGCCUCCUGCAGGGGCUGAUGGGACAUGCAGUUUCAGUGACUGUUGAGUCGUGAUGUUUGCGCUGCGUCUUCAUCGGCGUCAGCGUGGACAGAGACAGGAGGACAGACGCACCUCAGAGUUACAGGACGGAGCACUGCGUCCAUAAAUUAGAGGAAAUGAAAUUCAGUUCCACACUGAAGUUAAAAAACGUGAUCGCUGACUGUCGUCCAGUGUUUUGCUCUUUUAUCUUCUGGUUUUAUCAUUUUACCUGCAUCAGGCAGGAAGUGCACGCUAACGUCAGCUAAUUAGCUACUGAAGAAUAAAACUAUAGUAACAAAACGAUUGAAAAUCACUGUGACCUGAUCAUUUACUGCAGAAAUUGAUUAUUGAUGUAUUAACAGCUGGACUGUUUAAAGGACGCAGGAGCAACCUCAAUAUCAGAGCUCCUUUAGCAGUUAGCAUUAGCAUUCAUCCAAAGCAACAAGCAUAAGAAACAGCAUUAUUCUUUUCAUUUAGCAUUCUUAUCAGCCAUCUGUCAUUAGCACUAGCCUCCAUCAUUAGCACUAGCUUUCAUCAUUAGCACUAGCCUCCAUCAUUAGCACUAGCUUUUGUCAUUAGCACUAGCCUCCAUCAUUAGCACUAGCUUUCAUCAUUAGCACUAGCCUCCAUCAUUAGCACUAGCUUUCAUCAUUAGCACUAGCCUCCAUCAUUGACAUAAGUCAUCACCAAUGUUAACUUGUGUUGUUAGCAUUUUAUCGGUUUGCAGUUAUCAUUAGCAUUAAACUCCGGUUUCUCUUAAAUCAUUAGCUUUAACCUUGAGUUUUUGAUUCCAUUGUUAGCAUUAGCGUCAGUGUUAUCUUUUAUAGCAGCAUGUAUUAACAUCAGUUUCUCGGCUAACAUUAAUAUCUACGUUUAUCUUACACUGUUUGCUAUCAUUAGCAUAAAAUUCUUUGUCAGCAUAUUUAUUUUACAUUGUUAGCAUUAGCAUUCUCUUUUGUCUUUAACUGCAUUUGCUGCAUUUUGCAUACAUUUAUGCUAACGGGCAUUUUCUGUGUUAGCAUUAGCCUCCACAUUUAUCUGACAUUGUUUACCUCUAUUAUUAGCAAUAGCUUCCAAUGCUAUUUUACAUUGUUAGCUUUAGCCUUGUCUUAACAUUGCUGCUGUUUGCUGACAUUUUCUUCUCUAAAGUAGCCUCCAUAUUUAUCGUACACAGUAGCGUUAGCAUCAUUGUUUGCUGCUACCAUUAGCCUCCCCUGUUAUUUCACAUUGCUAACAUUAGCCCUCUUUGUUUAUCAGCCAUGUUUGCCGGCCGUGCGUCGGCGGUGGGAGCUGCUGUCGGGCCGGCGGCGGCUGCGGGAGGAAAAGGCGGGAAGUUUUCGGUGGAGGAGCUGUACGGCUUCAACAAGAAGCCGAAGGUGAACAGAGGGAGUUCUGGGAAAACGGAGAAAUGCGACGGGAAGAAAGAAACGAAAGAGAAAGAAGAAUCUGUGCUGGCGUCUCAGAUCCUGGAGGCAGCGAGGAGGCUGAUGGAGAGACGACGGCUGGAGAUCUACCUGAAGGAGUGUGAUGUCACCAUGGAGCAGAGCAACAUGCCAUACAGGAAUCUUGGGAAAUCUGGACUGAGAGUGUCCUGCUUAGGACUGGGCACUUGGGUGACAUUUGGCUCUCAGAUCUCCGAUGAGAUGGCGGAGAGUGUGAUGACGGUGGCGUUCGACAGCGGAGUGAACUUGUUCGACACAGCAGAGGUUUACGCCUCGGGGAGGGCGGAGACGACUCUGGGAAACAUCCUGAAGAAGAAAGGAUGGAGGAGGUCCAGUUAUGUGGUGACCACGAAGAUCUACUGGGGAGGACAGGCGGAGACGGAGCGAGGGUUGUCACGGAAACACAUCAUCGAAGGUCUGCGUGGAUCUCUCUCCAGGUUACAGCUGGAUUACGUGGACAUCGUCUUCGCCAACAGGAGUGACAUCAACGCGCCGAUGGAGGAAGUCGUCCGAGCGAUGACCUUUGUGAUCGAUCAGGGUAUGGCCAUGUACUGGGGGACGUCCCGCUGGAACGCCGUGGAGAUCAUGGAGGCGUACUCUGUAGCCCGACAGUUCAACCUGGUCCCUCCGGUGUGUGAACAGGCUGAGUAUCAUUACUUCCAGAGAGACAAAGUGGAGCUGCACCUGCCUGAACUGUACCACAAGAUAGGUGUCGGAGCCAUGACCUGGUCUCCGCUGGCCUGCGGCCUGCUGACGGGGAAGUACAACGAGGGCGUCCCCGAGAGCUCCAGAGCCGCCAUGAAGGGUUAUGCGUGGCUGAAGGAGCGUCUCUGCAGUGAUGAGGGGAAGAAGCAGCUCAGCAAAAUCAAAGAGCUCCACCUGCUGGCCGACAGGCUGAAGUGUACUGCUGCUCAGCUCGCUAUAGCCUGGUGUCUUCGCAGCGAGGGCGUCAGCUCGGUUCUGCUGGGAGUGUCCAACACAGAGCAGCUGCUGGAGAACCUCGGGGCGAUCACGGUUCUGUCUCAGCUGACUCCGCCCCUCAUCGCAGAGAUGGACGCGUUGCUCGGCAACAAGCCACGCAACGGCAAGAAGGAGGCGAGAAGCUGAGGAGGAGGAGGAGGAGGAGGAGGAGGAGGAGGAGGAAGAACGACUUUAAUCAAAAAAUCAGAAAGCUGAGAACAAGAUGGCCGACGGGAAGGACCAACUCUGAGGACACGAGGACGCGAGGAAGGAGAGUGAAUGAAAGAAGCACGUGUGAAACAUUAAACAAUAUUUAUUCUUCAGGGACGCCAACGACCACCUCUUUGUCCUCGUCGUCACGGAGACGGAGACAGCAGGGGGACUUUAGUUCCUGCAGAUGAUCAGAAAUAUAUCAGAAAUAUUUAUUCUUAUAUUAACCCGAAGACGCCGGCGCAGAGCCUCGCGUCGCCAGAGUUUACCCGCAGCCUCGGUCCGAAGCCGUCGUCAUGGCAACAGUUCAAGCCUCAGCCAGCUGCGUUGUGAGCGUUUUGAAAAGUGAAUCGAUGACUUCAGGGUCGGGGAUGGAUGUUUAGUUAAAUGAAUCCAGUGUAAAUACGAACUGACUGACUUUAGUUUGAGCAGAUGGACUUUAAUCCUCACGGCAAUCUGAAAUACAUGAAAUGUGUUUUCCUCUAAUUAAGAAUUUAUUUAAAGUCCCGUUCAUAUUGUGGACGUAUGGAAGCUCAUUACCGCCAAGACGAAAAAAUACAUGAAAGUGACACAAAUAAAAAUACUCAUGGCAUAAAAGCAUGACACCGUCAUAAUCAGCGAAAACAUUAAGUCGAGAUUUGUACUUUUUACGACAGAAUAUCAGACAUUAAGUCCAAACUAUAAGAAUUACCCAGAAUUCUAUAAUAACUCGACAUUAUGACGUUAAAAGUCAAAAUCUUGAGAUGCUAAAUUGAAAUUAUAAAAUAGUCAUUUGGACUUAAAUUAUUUUCAUCAUUACAAUUUUGCUUUUUUUUGGCAGGAACGGGCUUCCGUACUCAAACUGCUUUUAUUUCAAAAUAAGAGCCCGCUGCUAGCCAGGACAAUUUAGCUUAUAACUGUCGUACGAAGAAAAUGGCCGAGGCUGCUGUUGGCUGUAAACCAUGUGACGUCACCAUGGUAACGCUCUGUCACCAUGGUGACGCUCUGUCUGCACGAGGUCCUGAACCCUCCUGUAUCCUCCGACUGUGCUGCCGUAUAUUUAUGAGUAUAUUUACUAUGAAAUAUAAAUCUAUAUUUUAUGAAUGUAGUUCCUGUAGUCUGUAGAUCUUUACCUCAGUGGUGCUCAACCUGAGGGGCCGUUCCCUCGUCACACAGAUUCAUCCAUUUUUAUUUUAAACGCCGGUACUUUAAGGAUUGUUUCUUUAAUUUCCAAAUGAACCAUAAAUAUGUAAAAAUAUUUUACCAAAUUAAGCUUGAAAAUGGAACGUAGAUCACAGUUCAGUCAUUUAUACACUUUGAACUUUUACAAAUUAGAUGCCGAGUUUGUGAAAAGAAUAAAAAAAUAGAAGAAGUUUAUAUUUCCGCCCUCAGCGUCUGGACUGAUGAUAUUUAGACCCAAAUUAAAUAAAUAAAUAAGAUUAUGGACUAAAUAUUUAAAACAGUAAGCAUAUAAAAAUAACAAUGAAAUUACAAAAUAAUGUAAUAAAACACAUCAUUGUUAUUAUUCUUUUCACAAUAAAAGAGUUUACUGCAGCGUAUUUUUGCACAACAAGGAUUUCCUGAAGAGCGACGGGUGCACGUUUAACCGUUUAAAGCACACGUCCGGUUGAGUUCACUGAUCACGACCUCUGUAUGAAACCAUGUGACUGUUACCACGACGACGGGCUGACCAGGUGGAUUCUGGUCGGUCACAUGGUUUCAGUGAGUUUCCUCCUUCACUGUCGAACCCUUUCUGCUCUUCCUGAUGUAAGCGACACUACUGGAGAAUGCUAAUAAAGUUAUUUAAAUCAA